AGCGGCGGGUAAUUUCCUUCCGCAUGAGCCAAAGCGUUUCAAAUCAGUUUGUGUUGAACGUUUGUGAUAAAUGUGUGAUUUCAUUUGGGAAUAAAGAUGAUUUGCUACCUUUUGUAAAUCUCAUAGACCACGAACGUCACGAGCCAGGUCGUGAAAGACAUGCUAUCUGUUACGGACUUCUCUACUAGUUUUGAUUAAUUCCAUCAUCCAGAAGAAUCCGCUCUCCAAAUAGAAUCAGUGACGCUUUCUGCAGUUUACAUUCUUACGCCAGUAGAUGGCAGCAAUUUAAAUACAAUGACUGAGGCUGUUCAAAAUGGAAAACCCUUCCUCAAACGCCCUGGAGUGGGACUUGGGGUUCUUGUGACAGACUCCUCCAAUCCAGGAUGUGUCCUGUUAGGAAAAAGAAAAACCGUAGUUGGGAAAGGCACCUACCAAUUACCAGGAGGUCACAUUGAGUUCGGAGAAACUUUUGAGGAGUGUGCCCAGAGAGAGGUGAUGGAGGAAGCUGGUGUCCAUCUGAAGAACAUCCGCUUUGCAUCCGUCGUCAACUCCAUCAAACUGGAAGAAAACUACCAUUAUGUCACAAUCCUCAUGCAGGGAGAACUGGACAGGUCUUUCUCAGCUGAACCAGUUAAUCUGGAGCCAGAGAAAAACGAAGGUUGGACAUGGAGGCGAUGGGACGAUUUUCCCCCAGAAGAGCAGCUGUUCUUGCCAUUGGCCAACCUGAGACAGCAGGGCUUCCAGCCAUUUAGAGAGAGUUAAAAGGGAUUUUCUGUAAUUAAGUUAUCAAUCUUAUCUCUCCCUGGCUUUAUCUGAUUCAGGAUCAGGUGAACUGAACUCACCUUAGGCAUGUUCAUGCUCAUUUUGAGCUCGCUCCCUGACCUCAAGUAGUAAGAUGGACAUACUUGACUGUUACGUAUAUUUCAUUACUGAAUAUUCAUCCAGCCUCUCAAUAGCCUCUUUCAAGUAAUGAUUUUAUUGAACACACGUGUACUAAAUUAUAUCAGGGCUAUUAAGGCUUAUCAGUCAUAUAUUUAUGUAUUUCGUAUAUGCUGGUAAAGUGUCUAUAGAGCAUUUGUCAUGGGUGAUGUUACAAUAAAAUAUUUAGGUAACAGUUUACAAUAAGGUGUAAUUUGUUAACAUUAGUCAAUGCAUUAGAUAUCAUAAACUAACAAGAGCAAUACUUUUACAGCAUUUAAUAAUUUUGGUUAGAUUAAGUUGUAUAUAGUUAAGUUUUUUUGUAAACAAAUAUGAAUUAACAAUGAACAAUGUAUAUUAAUAAAUUAACCUAUAGUAGUAAUCUUAUUGUAAAGUGUUACCUAUAUGUCAUCAUAACUUCCUCAGGCAUAACUCUAAUCGCUCCCACCAGACAACACCCUUUUACUGUGUAAUCCUACUGCAAGAAUUUCGUAACAUAUUGUUUUCCACAUAAACAUUACCUGCACUCAAA